UUCGGUCUUGCGCAAGCUUUGUGCAUCGCGCUUGCGCGUUGUGGGGGACUAUGCCGCUAUAAAGGCUUGUUUUGCUCAGGGUCCGAUGUUCGCGAGCGUGCCCGGGCUGUUUGCUCUCGUGUGGGGAGGCUGGGGUGCAGAAUUUCUGAAGUGAAAGGAGGAGUCUGCACCCUGGUCCUCUGUGUGGUGAAGAUGAAAGAUAUUGACAUGGGAAAAGAAUAUAUCAUCCCCAGCCCUGGGUACAGAAGUGACAGGGACAGAAGCGCUGUACCAGGGCAACACAGAGACCCCGAGGAACCCAGGUUCCGGAGAACAAGAUCGGUUCUCUUUGUAGCUCUGGCUGUCCUGGAACUCACUUCGUAGGCCAGACUGGACUUGAACUCACUGCCUGCUGCCUCCUGAAUGCAGUUGGAAUGCCAAGAUGCUCUCGAAACAGCAGCCCGAGUUGAGGGGCUUUCCCUGGAUAUCUCUGUGCAUUCUCAUCUCCAAAUUCUGGACGAGGAGCAUUCUAAGGGAAAAUACCACCAUGGUUUAAGUGUCCUGAAGCCCUUCCGGACCACUACCAAGCACCAGCACCCAGUGGACAAUGCUGGACUUUUCUCCUACAUGACCUUUUCAUGGCUCUCUCCUCUGGCCCGAGUGGUUCACAAGAAGGGGGAGCUGUUAAUGGAGGAUGUGUGGCCUUUGUCCAAGUAUGAGUCUUCUGAUGUGAACAGCAGAAGACUAGAGAGACUGUGGCAAGAAGAGCUGAAUGAAGUUGGGCCAGACGCUGCCUCCCUGCGAAGGGUUGUGUGGAUCUUUUGCCGCACCAGGCUCAUCCUGUCCAUCGUGUGCCUGAUGAUCACGCAGUUGGCUGGCUUCAGUGGACCAGUAAGUUCUGACUAUCCUUUCUGAACAUCUCCAGACCCGGCCAUGGCCAGCUCUAACCUUGUUUUUCGGUUGUAGAGGUAAUGAUAAUUUUUGAGCUAGUUAGCAGCCUUAAAUAUACUUCUAGGGCUAUUGAAUAGGGUGAGUGGAUUUGGGAGUGAACGGUGGCUUGUCAGCUAGACUGUUAAGAACAAAGAGCUGCAGAAGAAGAAACUGCUGGCUUGUUGUCCUGGGGCUGCACAAAUCUGAAUGGAUCCUGGUUCCACACAGCUCCUGCUUGUUGAUUAAGUGCUGCCAUGAACAGCCACGUCUUGGCAGUACUGCGAGCGAGUAAGCUGAGCGUUGUGUGGCUCGGGCUAGCAAGCCUAUGUUGGUGACGUACCAGAUGCCUGGAGGCAUAGUUGCUAUGUUGACUGACUCUGUAACCAAUGAUCCCUCAAGAAGCUAGAAGUCUACCAGGGGUUUUGAGAGUCUGUUUCAAGUUUUACAUAUAGCGUUAACUGUGGCAGAUUUGGGGCGACCGCUGUGGUUUCUACCAAGCCUGUGUGGAUUCAGUGUAGUAGCUAAGGGAGCUUUGGGCAGGAGGAGUUUUCGGGGCAUCCUUUCUUGCAUUUCUCUGUGCUGCCUGACACUUGAGAUUGUGAUUGAAUUUAUUCUCUACAUAUUUGCCUUGAGGCAUCGGAGCAGUAGUACUGUUUAACUGUGCGUUUUCCGUGUGUGGGUAAGCUGGAGGUUCAUGGUGGGUAAGUAUGUGUCUAAGAUGCAUGGUGACUAGGUGACACUAAUUUACACUUUGGAGGUUUUUUGUUUUUUAUUUUGUUUUUCUUCUUUUUAAUGUAUGAUCUUUAAAGAAAAAAAAGUUUUGGUAUUAGGUUUCUUAAUUGACCAACUAACACUUUUAUAUAAGUUUUAAAUAAAAGAGACCAUGUAACUGAAAUGUUAUUAGCCAAAAUGGCACGUGUUUCAUAGAGCCAGCAUUCCCCCAAGAAGAGCUUCUGUCAUUGUAUCACUACAGAGCUGGUGGCUGCUCUGACACUUCGCACAGUUCCUUCAUCUGGGUAGUACAGAAUUUCUCAAUAAUAUAAUGGGCUUUCUUAAUUCUUUAUUUCCCCAUUUCUUUAAAAAAAAUCCUGGAUUGCAGGGAUAAAGUUUUUACUCCACAAAAAGUAAUUGCAAAAUGCAUGCUCACUUUGAUGCCUUGAAGGUCAUUCCUUUGAGCAUCUGUUAAGUUGUUAAUCUUUCAAUUCUGAUGCAGCAACCGGGAUGCUAACUUCUAGAGACUGCUUCUAGAUGCCCGUGGAGAGCUGGGUGCCUUCCCAUAACAGGAACUCAGGCACAUCUCCCUCUGCUGCCGUUUUGGGAAGAACCCUGGGGAGUCAAUAGGCCUAGAGAGCUGUGGGCUUGUCUGUUGUCUUUUUGUGAAACAGAUAUGCAAGUAUAAACAAUGUAGACAUCUUUUUUUGGAACCCUAAUCCCAAUAAAUUCUUUUGACUGGAAAUUGGAGAAUCAGGCUGGUUUUGACAAAAGAAAUGAAAUUAACAUUAGCAGUGAGCAAACCUGUGAGUCCUUCUGAGGAAAUCCAAUGUUAGAUUUUGCACACUUUCUAAAUUGGGCAUGAUUUUCAGAUUGGCUCAUUCUGUUCUUACCAAUAUCUUAGCCUAAAUUGUACACUCCAUACAUGGGACAUCCCAUUAGGUCUUGUUGAGCCUUGGUGGUCAUACAUAGAACAAAUGAAACACAGUCAGGCUGUAUUUAUGUGCAUUAUUUUUUAAAAAUUUGGUCAGUUGAUACUGACCCCAGAACAGUGUGGCAACCAACACUCCUGCUUUAUGUCAGGUGCCUCAGGUUCAGGAAAGUUCUAGCACAGUGCCACCAUUUAUAAGGGUACUGGCCAUACUCAAAAUGCAGAACCAAAUCACUGCAAUUAUAUAGAUGCUUUGGGGCCCUUCUUAGACUAAGUUAGUUUUAGAAGUCCAGGCCUGACCCAGGACUUGUGUCUGGAGAGUUAGCACCCACCCUAGACUUGCUAGAGAAGGCUGCUGUCUGCAGUGCCAUCUCUUAGUGAGCGCUAACUCUGCUCCAGGCCUUGUGGGGAAAGGGCACUGGGAAGCCUUGAGAGAGGUAAGUUCCCACCCUCCAGCCUGUCUCCAGCCACAGCUUGCUCCAUGCUGUCAGGAUCUGGACUUGGGGGGAGUGUCUCUGUAGUGGGACCAGUGACAGAAGCUGUUCUUUAGAAUUUUCAGGAUGGCUGUAUUCUGCGGUCAGAAUGAGAGAGUCAAGCUGGGCAGAAUCUCUCGCCAAGAGCUCAGGUAAGGUAAUGUUUAUUCACUGGGAAUGCCUUCCCCAGCAAGACAGCUAUGCUGACAGUCUUCAGUUUCCUCCCAGUUAGCUUAGACAUAAAUGAUAAACUUACGACUUUAAAAAAAAAACUGAAUUUGUUUGAAUUUUUCAUGUAAAACUGCUUUUCUUUCCCCCAUACGAGCUCAUUUGAAAUGCCGUUGCUUUUUAAAGCCCUGUGUUGGAUAUGUGUUACCUCUGUCAUCUUUUCCCCUUGGAAAGUUUCGCAUAGUGCAAACACACCCAUGUCUUUCACCUUCCCUUCUCCUCUCUGGGAGGGCCUGAUUGCUUAUCCAGUGCUGCCAAGGGGGCACCCUAAGGUAUAGGAAAGGAAGGAGCCCAAACAGCACCCGCUGCCCUGGGAGACUGCUCCACACUGCUGCCCUGUGUGGGGAAAUGCUUCACUGCAGGCCUUCCUACUGAGUUGCAUCACUACAGGAGGCGAGGCUUUGGCCUCGUGACCCAGUUCCACAGUUUGGAUGCAUACUGGAAAAGAAACCAAUCUUCUUGCUAGUUAAUCUAUGCAGUGAGGACCAAACAUGGGUUCUAAAAAUUCUGCAGGAGGGUAAAGGUGGAUUGCAGUAGUUCUCAGAAUCUGAAAUCCCCCAUUUGAUCAGGUUAUUUACUGGGGCUUGACAUGACCCAAGAGACCUCCUAGGACAUUAGUAAACAAUUUGGUAUUAAGUUACUUUCAUAAAAACUGAAAGAGACUAUUUACCCCAGAAACCUGGCUUCCGGAAUUCAGCGUUAGGCACUACAGGCUGGCCCAUCUGUCUCUGUUGUAUGCCAUUUAGUAUCUUACAGCUGCAGACAGAAUUCCUUACUGAAGGAACCAGGGUAGAUGGGUGCAUGAGUUUAAUUUCUUUUUUCCUUUAAGGUGGGUACUGGUUUGGCUUUCUUUUGUUAUGGUUUGGUUUGAUUUUUGCCAACCUCAAUUUUAGCUACCAGGACUCGAAAAGACUCCGAAGGAUGCCAGCAUCCUUGCCCAGCAGGCCUAGAAUCUCGCAGUCUGUCGGGAGCAGAGUGUUUCCUCGCAGCUUAGCGUGCCAACAGCACUUGCAGUUUUAAGCAGAGUACCUCUUUAGGGAAAUUUUAGUUGUUGUUGUUUUUUUUUUUUUUUUUUUUUUUUUUUCUUCUCCUUAAUCUUCUUUCUUCAGCAGCAAGGUCUUUAUUGCUAGAGACUCUACUUCAUUGCAGCUUUGGGAUUCCCUCCUCGGUGAAAGCUGCCAUCCUGAUGCAUUGUACUCCAGACUCUGGAAGCAGAUAUGGCUCUGCCAUGCAUUUCCUCUACUGUGUAUAGUUGCAAGUGGGAGGCCAGCCCAUCUGUGUGAUGGCUAUCCCCGUUCGGCUCUGUAUGUUCCCACCAAAUGUUCCUGAUGCCCCUGCUAAUGUACAGUGUUUGUGAGAUGCUCUUUGAACAUGGUAUCUUUAAAUAUAUAUUUCAUUUUCAAUAAAAGUACACUGCUUCCCACUUCCUGGUAUUUACUGCUGUUGCUGAAUGUGCCUGUGUGAGUGUGUGCUCCGGCGUUGCAGGACCUCAGAGCUGGAGGUGACACUCGUGGUUUCUGGGGGCUGGCUGUCUUCCCUCCCUGCAGGUGGUGUUAGACAUAAGCUACCUGAGGUAACAUGUUUUUGUUUUUGAGAGGGAGUGGGCGUGGGGAGGGCCAGAGGGAGGGUCUCUGGAGUUUGGUAGCUUGUAUUGUUUGCUCUCUUCUGUCCUAUUAAACUGCCCCUGUUUGUUUGCAGGGAUGUUUUGCACUUCCCACUCUUCCGUACAACUGUAGGUACACUGUUCCUUUUUAUCGAAUAAGCACGUGUGAAAGGGUACAGAGAAAGGUCUCGGUUUCAUGUAAAGAGAGGUAGCCAUGUGUGAAGAUGCUGGAGUAAGGUCAAUAUAUACCUUUGGAUGACCAUGCGUUUAGAAUGCAUUGCAGCUCAUGGGCAGGUUUAUGUUACAUUAGAAAGAGUAGUGGUCACGAUGGCGCCCUUCAGAAGAAAAGCAAGUGACCCCGCUGUCCUUCACCUGGGGGCAGAUUGCCGGGAAUAUUUGGUCCAACAACACAGUUUCUCUUUGCUUACACACUGAUCACUGUCCGUGGAGCAGCCUGCUCUUUCUAACCUAACAUAACACUGUGGCUUUGUGUGGGGUUACCGUGGGCGAUGUUGACUGUGGUGUGUGUUUCUCCCUGUAGGCCUUCGUGGUGAAGCACCUCUUGGAGUACACCCAGGCAACAGAGUCUAACCUGCAGUACAGCUUGCUGUUAGUGUUAGGCCUACUCCUGACAGAAGUUGUACGCUCCUGGUCACUUGCACUGACUUGGGCAUUGAAUUAUCGAACUGGUGUCCGGUUGCGGGGGGCUAUCCUGACUAUGGCAUUCAAGAAGAUCCUGAAGUUAAAGAACAUUAAAGAAAAGUCCCUAGGGGAGCUCAUCAAUAUCUGCUCCAAUGAUGGGCAAAGGAUGUUUGAGGCAGCCGCUGUGGGCAGCUUGCUGGCUGGAGGACCUGUUGUUGCCAUCUUGGGCAUGAUUUAUAAUGUAAUCAUCCUAGGACCCACGGGCUUCCUGGGAUCAGCGGUUUUUAUCCUCUUUUAUCCAGCAAUGAUGUUCGUGUCACGGCUAACUGCAUAUUUCAGGAGAAAGUGUGUAGCUGCCACAGAUGACCGUGUCCAGAAGAUGAAUGAAGUUCUUACCUACAUUAAAUUCAUUAAAAUGUAUGCCUGGGUCAAAGCGUUUUCUCAGUGUGUGCAAAAAAUCCGAGAGGAGGAACGUCGGAUAUUGGAGAAAGCCGGGUACUUUCAGAGCAUCACUGUUGGAGUGGCUCCUAUUGUGGUAGUGAUCGCCAGUGUGGUGACGUUCUCCGUUCACAUGACCCUGGGCUUCCAUCUGACUGCGGCACAGGCCUUCACAGUGGUGACUGUCUUCAAUUCCAUGACUUUUGCUUUAAAAGUAACACCAUUCUCAGUGAAGUCCCUCUCUGAAGCAUCAGUGGCUGUUGACAGAUUUAAGUGAUUGCCACUACAUGAGGCAGGGAAUGCAGUGACAUGGAAAUAGUCAUAAAACUAGAUCAUGUUGAGAAGUACAGUUAACUUCCUUCCACUGUAUAGCCUGAUGUGUUUUGCUACGUGAGUGUACGCCAUAAGCUUGUCUCCCUGGUCUUGAUCCAGUGUCUCAUCUUUGCACCUCUCUCACAACUCCUAUCAGAGUUUGUUUCUAAUGGAAGAGGUUCACAUGAUAAAGAACAAACCGGCCAGUCCUCACAUCAAGAUAGAGAUGAAAAAUGCCACCUUGGCAUGGGACUCCUCCCACUCCAGUAUACAGAACUCGCCCAAGCUGACCCCCAAAAUGAAAAAAGACAAGAGGGCUACCAGGGGCAAGAAAGAGAAGUCGAGGCAGCUGCAACACACUGAGCACCAGGCGGUGCUGGCAGAACAGAAAGGACACCUCCUCCUGGACAGUGACGAGCGGCCCAGCCCGGAAGAGGAAGAAGGCAAGCAGAUCCACACAGGGAGCCUGCGCCUGCAGAGGACACUGUACAACAUUGACUUAGAAAUUGAAGAGGGCAAACUGGUUGGAAUCUGCGGCAGUGUGGGAAGUGGAAAAACCUCUCUCGUUUCAGCCAUUUUAGGCCAGAUGACGCUUUUGGAGGGCAGCAUUGCCGUCAGUGGGACCUUUGCUUAUGUGGCCCAACAGGCCUGGAUUCUCAAUGCCACUCUGAGAGACAACAUUCUCUUUGGGAAGGAAUUUGAUGAAGAGAGAUACAACUCAGUGCUGAAUAGCUGCUGCCUGCGGCCUGACUUGGCCAUUCUCCCCAACAGCGACCUGACUGAGAUUGGAGAGCGAGGAGCCAACCUGAGUGGUGGACAGCGCCAGAGAAUCAGCCUUGCUAGAGCCUUGUACAGUGAUAGAAGCAUCUACAUCCUGGAUGACCCCCUCAGUGCCUUAGAUGCCCAUGUGGGCAACCACAUCUUCAACAGUGCUAUCCGGAAGCGCCUCAAGUCUAAGACGGUUCUGUUUGUUACACACCAGUUACAGUAUCUGGUCGAUUGUGAUGAGGUGAUCUUCAUGAAGGAAGGCUGUAUCACAGAGAGAGGUACCCAUGAGGAGCUGAUGAACUUAAAUGGGGAUUACGCUACGAUUUUUAAUAACCUGUUGCUGGGAGAGACACCCCCAGUUGAGAUUAAUUCGAAAAAGGAAGCUACUGGUUCACAAAAAUCACAAGACAAGGGCCCUAAGCCAGGGUCAGUGAAGAAGGAGAAGGCGGUGAAGUCGGAGGAAGGGCAGCUUGUGCAGGUGGAGGAGAAAGGGCAAGGUUCUGUGCCUUGGUCAGUCUACUGGGUCUACAUCCAGGCUGCAGGGGGCCCCUUGGCUUUCCUGGUCAUCAUGGUCCUCUUCAUGCUGAAUGUGGGCAGCACUGCCUUCAGCACCUGGUGGCUUAGCUACUGGAUCAAGCAAGGAAGCGGGAACAGCACAGUGUAUCAAGGGAACAGAAGCUUCGUGAGUGACAGCAUGAAGGACAACCCCUUCAUGCAGUACUACGCCAGCAUCUACGCCCUCUCCAUGGCAGUCAUGCUGAUCUUGAAAGCCAUUCGAGGAGUUGUCUUCGUCAAGGGCACACUGAGAGCCUCCUCCCGGCUCCAUGAUGAGCUAUUCCGAAGGAUCCUUAGGAGCCCCAUGAAGUUUUUUGAUACUACCCCAACAGGAAGGAUUCUCAACAGGUUUUCCAAAGACAUGGAUGAAGUGGAUGUGCGGCUGCCGUUCCAGGCUGAGAUGUUUAUUCAGAAUGUAAUCCUGGUGUUCUUCUGUGUUGGAAUGAUUGCUGGAGUCUUCCCAUGGUUCCUCGUGGCGGUGGGGCCUCUCCUCAUCCUCUUCUCACUUCUCCACAUUGUCUCCAGGGUCCUGAUUCGUGAGCUAAAGCGGUUGGACAAUAUCACGCAGUCUCCUUUCCUCUCCCACAUCACGUCUAGCAUUCAGGGCCUGGCCACCAUCCAUGCCUACAACAAAAGGCAGGAGUUUUUACACAGGUAUCAGGAGCUCCUGGAUGACAACCAGGCUCCCUUUUUCCUGUUCACCUGUGCAAUGAGGUGGCUGGCAGUGCGGCUGGACCUCAUCAGCAUUGCCCUGAUUACCACCACUGGCCUGAUGAUUGUUCUCAUGCAUGGACAGAUCCCUUCAGCCUAUGCGGGGCUUGCCAUCUCCUACGCUGUGCAGUUAACUGGACUAUUCCAGUUCACCGUCAGACUGGCAUCGGAGACAGAAGCACGGUUCACUUCCGUGGAGAGGAUCAACCACUAUAUCAAGACUCUCUCUUUGGAAGCACCUGCCAGAAUCAAGAACAAGGCUCCUCCCCAUGACUGGCCCCAGGAGGGAGAAGUAACCUUUGAGAAUGCAGAAAUGAGAUACCGGGAAAAUCUCCCUCUGGUCCUUAAGAAAGUGUCCUUCACCAUCAAGCCCAAGGAAAAGAUAGGCAUUGUGGGACGAACAGGGUCAGGGAAGUCCUCUUUGGGGAUGGCCCUCUUCCGUCUGGUGGAGCUAUCUGGAGGCUGCAUCAAGAUUGAUGGAAUAAGAAUCAGUGACAUCGGCCUGGCCGACCUCCGAAGCAAACUGGCCAUCAUUCCUCAGGAGCCAGUGCUGUUCAGUGGCACUGUCAGAUCAAACCUGGACCCUUUCAACCAGUACACGGAAGACCAGAUCUGGGAUGCUCUAGAGAGAACGCACAUGAAGGAAUGUAUUGCCCAGCUACCUCUGAAACUUGAGUCUGAAGUAAUGGAGAACGGGGACAACUUCUCUGUUGGGGAACGGCAGCUGUUGUGCAUAGCAAGAGCCCUGCUGCGUCACUGUAAGAUUCUGAUUUUAGAUGAAGCUACAGCCGCUAUGGACACAGAGACAGACUUACUGAUCCAGGAGACCAUCCGGGAAGCAUUUGCGGACUGCACCAUGCUGACCAUUGCCCAUCGCCUGCACACAGUUCUGGGCUCUGACAGGAUCAUGGUGCUGGCCCAGGGACAGGUGGUGGAGUUUGACACCCCAUCGGUCCUUCUGUCUAAUGACAGUUCAAGAUUCUAUGCCAUGUUUGCUGCUGCAGAGAACAAGGUGGCUGUCAAGGGCUGAGUCCUCCCGUCCUCGAAGUCUCUUCCUCAGAGCAUUGCCAUUCUCUUCCUGGUUUGGGCCCCUCAUCCUGUCCUGCUGAAACUUCGCCUUUCCCAGUUUUAUCUCUCACACAACCAUUCAGGAUUAGCUGUGUGUUUCACUUUUAAGGAAAGUCAUAUUUUGAUUAUUGUAUUUAUUCCCUAUUCACUUAAAUGAAAUUUAGUUUUUGUUCUUAAUUGCACUCUUAAGAGGUUCAGGGAACCAUUACUAUAAAUGUUAUCAGUGGCCUAUAAUGAAGCUUUAUAUGUGUAGCUAUGUCUAUAUAUAAUUCUGUACAUAGCCUAUAUUUACAGUAAAAUGUAAGCGGUUUAUUUUCUAUUAAAGUGAGCACUGUGCUAACAGCAGUGCACACUCAUUUCUAUCGUUUUUGUACAGCUGACUGCACUACAGGUCAUUUUGCUCUUAGCUGUAGCAAAGGCAGAUUCCGUCUCUAGCUGGUCGUUUCACGGUGCUGGGCUCUCUAGGCGUCCAGGGGAGACACGCGGCAGCAGUGGGCCCUCCAUGGCCUGCCCCUUGGGCUCCCCAGUGGGAACCCAGUAUAGUGGGCUGCAGGAGGCCUUGCAGAGCACCGUGAAUUCUCAGGGCUCCUGCUUUCCUGUCUUGGUGUCAGCUGCUGUUUAUGUUAGAGCAGUGGGCAAAGCCAGCCCCCACCCCACCCCCAUUCCCUCUCAGGAAUGAGAACCUCUGCAUUCCUCAGAGGGAGAGCUUCUUUCUGCCUUCCUUCUUCUGCUGCCAUUUCUAAGCAAGAUCCAGUCUGCUCCCAGUGUUCCAUGCUUCAGGUUCCUGAGGCUGGUCGCCACAGAGUUGUCGAGUUCCCUGGCCAGCUGGUUCCCAGCCCCAGGGUCCACUGCUGCUGUUGUAGGUGGCAUUUUCAUUUGCCUGACCCCAAGGCUCCAGAGCUCAGCAACAGGGCUCAGGAUGGUGGGGUCCGUUCUUCCUCACUUUAGUCUCCUCUGCAAAGUCUGCACCCACCCCUCAGCAGCUCUUGCUAAUCAGUGUCUCACACUGGUGUAGAAGUUUUUUGUACUGUAAAGAGACCUACCUCAGGUUGCUGAUUGCUGUGUGGUUUGGUGCGCUCUUGCAGACCCCCUUGUGCUCUGGGGCUCGUAGCUUGGGUGGGUGUGGUUGCCACUGUCACCAGUCGAGUGGUCAGCGUCGCAUGUCGUGACCAACUAGACAUUCUGUCGCCUUAGCAUGUUUGCUAAAUACCUUAUAAAAGCAAAAAUAUGAAAAAGUGAAUAAAAUUAUUUUGGAUUUGUAAA